CCAGGGUGUUGUGCGAAAUUCUGCAUUUUAUCGUAGGGACAGGAAAUAUGAAAAGAGCCGGGCAGAGCUCGGAGCAGCACCGCCGGUUAGGCCGAGGCUCCCCAGCUCCAGUGGGGAGCAGAUCAAAGGGAUGGGUCGGUUACAAAAGAUUCUCAUUCCUUUUUUGGGACUGGUUUUGGCCUUCUGCUUUUAUUCUGCGAGGGAGAAUUUCAAACCGGAGAUGCUGAAGGGGAAACGUGUGAUCGUCACUGGAGCAAGCACUGGAAUCGGGGAGCAGAUGGCGUACCACCUGGCGCGGAUGGGAGCCCACGUCCUGGUCACCGCACGGACAGAGGCCAAGCUGCAGAAAGUGGUGGAGCGGUGCCAGGAGCUGGGGGCCAGCUCAGCGCGGCUCAUCAGCGGCAGCAUGGAGGACAUGGCCUUUGCCAAGCAGGUGGUGGAGGCGGCCGAGGCCGAACUGGGGGGCCUUGACAUGCUGAUUCUGAAUCACAUCGGCAAGUCGUACUUCAGUUACUUCGAUGGGGAUGUCCGGCACAUCCAGAAGCUCCUGGACAUCAACUUCCUCAGCUAUGUGGCCAUGACGGUCUCUGCCCUGCCCAUGCUGAAGCAGAGCGGGGGCAGCAUCGUAGUGGUCUCAUCCAUGGCAGGUAAAGUUGGGUUUCCCUUUACCGUCCCCUACUCUGCAACUAAGUUUGCCCUGGAUGGAUUUUUCAGCUCCUUGAGGCAGGAAUUCAGCAUCCAGAAUGUAAACGUUUCCAUCACGCUCUGCAUCCUCAGCUUCAUUGAUACUGAGAGCGCCGUGCGCGCUGCUGCCGACGUGGUCCAGAUGUCCCCGGCCCCCAAAGAGGAGUGCGCCCUGGAAAUCAUCAAGGGGGGUGCCCUGCGCCAGCGGGAGGUGUACUACAAAUACGCCUUGACCAAAAUCCCCCUCCUGCUGCGGGACUGGGCCGCGGAGCUGCUGGACUACCUGAUCCGGCAGCACUACCGUGUGGAGCGCCCACCGGCCGCCUGAGCGCCUGCUUGCUGGUGCCUCACUCAUCCCGGUCAGAGAUCUGAGCCUGGGCUUUAAAAGGUUCUUCAGUUAUCUGUCAGGUAAUCGCAUCGCCCAGAGGGCCCAGCUGGGACAACCCCGCGCUGUGGUACGGGAUGUGGCAGCGGGGAAGUGCCCGCGCCUGCAGCAUCCCACCCGGUUAGACCCAUUCCCUUCCCCUAGACUUGGGAAAAGUAGUAACAAACUAAUUAUUAAAUAAAACUUAAUAGCUUUAC